CUAAUCAACAGGAUGGCAGGGUCGAUGGUCUUCAGAAAAUAUACCAAGAGAUACAAAUGAUGGCAGAAAGAAAUCCAGAAAUAUCACGUAAAACCUGCUCAGUUUGGCAGGCAGAGGGAUAUGGCACAGGACAUAGAGCAAUUAACCCAAAUGCACAAGACUCCCCAUUAAUUGUCUUCUGUGAUAUGUCUACCACUCCUGCAGGCCUGUCACUGGAACAUGACAAAAUGACAACAGGCAUUAUUAGUGGACCCGGGUGUAACACUGUCGCUUGUAAUUCUAUCGGAACACUGGUCUAUUUCACUUCGAGUCUAGAUCGCCUAAUGGAAGUUUUGGAUAUUACAAGUGAUUGCAAACAACAUGUUAGGUAUGACUGCUACCAUAGUGGAAUGGACAAUACAAGAUGGAUGACUCACAAUGAUAGCCAAAGAGCCUAUUGGGGUGGUCAUCCAAGCGGUGAAUUUGAUAAAAUGCAAUGUGGAUGUAAAGCCAAUAACAGCUGUGUUACAUCACCAGGCUGUCCUCCUGGUUGGGAAAUAUAUGAGUCAAAUUGUUACUUCUUUGGAGACACAUCCCAAAGCUGGAAUGAUUCUCGAACCAGGUGUCAACAGGAAGAGGCUGAUCUUAUUAGUAUCACAUCUAUAGAAGAAAGGAAUUUUAUAACAUCUCAUGUUAUGCAAAAGGGUGGGGAACACUGGCUUGGACUACUAAGGGAUGGAGCAUACCGUCGACAUAGAUGGCUUGAUGGGAGGAUUCUUGACAGCUCUCUUGCAUAUUGGGACAGUGGAGAGCCAAAUUAUGGACCUAAUGAGUUUUGUGUUCACACAAAAGCUGAUGCUAAUGGAAGGUGGAAUGAUCUCACAUGUUCUUCUGAAAAGUUGUACAUUUGCAAGAAAGAGUUGAGAUCUCAAGGUGCAUGUAAUUGUGACUCGAAUCUUGAUAACUGGCUCGUGGAUGAGGGUGAUCUUGUGGCAGCUACUGUACCUGGACCAGAGAAAGAACUACCCAUCAAAGAAGUUGCAUUUGGACGUUUUUCCAGAUCUGAUUCCAUUGGUAAUUACACAAUUGGUCCAGCAGUUUGCCAAGAAAAAGUGAGGGGCUGUCCAGCAUUGGCAGGUCUUCCAGACUCUACCAACAAUAUCAGUUCCCUUGGACAUAUCGCUGGUGAUGUUGUCAUCUUUACAUGUAAUGUGGGCCAUGAACCACAAUCACUUUCUGCCACCUGCCUUAGUGAUGGCACUUGGUCACUUCCUAAUCAGUCUUGUCAAAGGAAGAAUUGUGGACCACCAGGUACCUCAAGAAAUACUAACAUGGUUUCAAAUGGGACAGAAUUUGGAGAUAUUGCUCAAUAUACUUGCAAACAAGCUUACAGGUAUGACAGAAGCCAAGGAGGGAGUGAGGAGAUUGUUUGUCAAGCAGAUGGGACCUGGUCAGAUGUUCCAAUAAGUUGCAAGCCUGGAUUUGUUGCCUUUUCUUUAACACAUUCACUUAGAACAUGGUCUACACCAAACACUAAUGUCAAGUUUGACAAUGUAGAACUGAACAAGGGUGGUGGAUACAAUGUUACUACAGGAGAAUUUGUGUGUCCAGUAAGCGGGCAUUACUAUAUUGACUACAAUUUACAAUCAUUUAGCACUGGUGGUACUGAUGAUGGAUUUGACGCAUAUCUGCGAAUCAAUGGAAACAACAGACGCAGAAUCUUCCAGAUGAGCUUCCUCACGGAGCCAAACAGAGGCAGCAACUCCCUAGUUACUCACCUUAAGACAGGAGAUAGAGUAGCUGUGUAUGUCACAGAGAAUUAUUUCAUCACAAUGGACAUAAGAUCUUCAUUCAAUGGAUACCUUGUACAUGCUGAUGAAGAAAAUGAAACUGCAUAGAAGAUGUUUAGAUAACAUUGAAAUUGGACUGGAAAACAUUGGAUAUUGAAUCAUUUUUUGAUGAACAAUGAUCUAACCCCACUCUUGUUACAAAGUAAAACCUGCCUUAGUGAACACCUCACUUUCACUUUGCUUAGAUAAUACUACCCUUGCUUAUAGUGAUUACUUUUUGUGGCUUGAAAGUUGUUCAUUUUUCACAUGUUUUACUGUUAAAAUGAGCCCAUUAAUGUUUAAUUGUUGGUGCUAUUUGCGCGUGACAUAAAAGAUUGGUAUAAAGCUAUUGAAGUUUAACUCAUUCUUCUUUGCCUACCUUAAUAAUGCUGAAUUUUUACUGUUAUAUAUUUUUAGUAUUUUGAAAUAAAUACUUUAACCAACAAAAAAU